AACAACAAUGUAUUAAAAUACUGGGAUUAUGUACCGUUUCCAGAAUACGUCUUUCUGAUCAUUAACACAGUUGGCAGUAGCGCCAGCAAGCCUCUCGGGGCUUUAACUGGGUGAAAUGCGGUAACGGUUCAUUCGCCUGCUGGCCAGGGUGUAGUAAGUCGCGGGGCCAUGCUGCUCCUGGGAUUCCGUGCAUGGGCGAAUGCCGCUGCCCCCUGCCGCCGUGUUCUGCGCGGGGUGCGGGGGUGCUGUCCGGGCGCACAGGGACCCGGAGCCCUCUUCUUCCCAAGUAACCGCUCAGGUUCGGGGCAAGGGUCUCUAGUGAACAUCGCCAAGGUGGACCGCUUUGGAGCAGUCACCGUUCACCUGCAACCUAAACACUUCCCACCUCAACUGGACGAGCUCAAAUUCCAAAAACUACUGCAGGAUGCUAUUGUACUUUGGAAAGCCGAAGGCAAGGUGGCAGUUUGGCUGGAGGUUCCUAUUCUCCAGAGCCGUUUCAUAUCUGCUGCAGCUCAUCAAGGUUUCACCUUUCACCAUGCAGAAAAGGACCAUUCUACGCUGGCACUUUGGUUAGCCGCAGGGGAAAGCAAACUUCCUUCUUAUGCAACACAUCAAGUAGGAGUGGCUGGUGCAGUGCUUAAUGAGGUGACUGGUAAAGUUCUGGUUGUGCAAGACAAAAAUAAGACAAUGAAUGCCUGGAAGUUUCCAGGUGGCCUCUCAGAUCUAGGAGAAGAUAUUGGAGACACAGCAGUCCGAGAAGUCUUUGAAGAGACGGGAAUAAGAUCCACAUUUAAAUCACUUUUAAGCAUCAGGCAACAACACAAGCAUCCAGGAGCAUUUGGGAAGUCAGAUUUAUACAUUAUUUGUCGUCUGAAAGCUCUCUCAUUUGAUAUCAAUUUUUCCCAAGAAGAAUGCAUACGGUGUGAAUGGAUGGACCUCGAGGAGCUGACUCAAACAGAGCAUGCAACACCUAUAACCAGCAGGAUAGCCAAGCUAUUGUUAUAUGGAUAUAGAGAAGGGUUUGAAAAGAUUGAUUUAACUAUGAGAGAGUUUUCAGCUGUUUAUACAGGACUUACCUACAAACUCUAUUGCAAAGCAUUACCAGAGAAAUUUGAGAACUUGAAACUAAACAGGCUUUGAA